UUUUUUUCCCAGUUUUGAAAUUGUUGCUUAUUGCUGAUUCCCUCUCUAUUCUUCCAAUGGGGGAGAAAAAGAAGAAGAAUGGCAUUGAUGGGGGAGGACGGACGAGGCUACGAGCUUGCGAGAACGCUGGGGAGCUGUGGUGUGUGGCGUUCAUGGCUGGGCGAAUCCAAUUACACCAGCUUCGCUAAUUUCCUCACCUCUCGGUCGACGUGGGAAGCUUUCCUGAGUACCGAAGAUUCUAAAACUAGGGCUCAGAGUUCGUGCUCUCCUCUACGACAAAGCCAGCGUCUCCCUCUACCUCCGCUCACGUCCCUCUCCUUCAUCGUCUUCUUCGUCGCGGUCAUCAUCAUCUGUUGUUUCUUCUUCCUCCUCCUCCUUGUCUUCUUCCACUGCUGCUGCUGCUCCUCCGUGGAAGUUCAAUCCCUCCUAUUUGCAGUUACACGAGGAUGAUGUGUACUUCUCUUUAGAAGAUGAUUCGCUAAAUGGAGUAGUUCAACCACCAGAAGGCUCAGCUUCCAGUAAUUCAAUAGUCUAAGGUUAAUUUGGUGCUGGACUUGAUUUAUCUAAUGAUGGUUUUCUUCUUCUUGUACUGAAUUAGUUAGUUAUUGAUUUCAGUUACUUUGCGAGUUAGAAAAGUUUGUAUUCAUUACCCUGUGCUUAAUUUUCUCUGAUAAUCUGUGCGUUUUUUAAAUACAGAAAUUAUAAGUAACUUCAUUUAUUUGAAAACAAAUGUGAAGAGAAAAAAAAAAGAUUGGAAAUCUGACAUUCUGACCUGCGUUACUGAUUCAUUGGAACUAAGGGAUGGAAAUGAUGGUAUGAUCCUAGCAGAGAUGAAACCCUGUCUCUUAGAGUAGGAUGAGGCCUGGGUGCUAGGCAAUGUGGCCCUCUAACAAGUAACAACAAUCAUGGGCUUUUGAUAGGAGUUUUAUUAUUACCAAAUCAAUAAGUCUUCGGUGGACAUGCUUUGGACACUUUUUCCCCCAUGCAGAAAUUCUGACUGUGUAAAGGAUGCCUCUAGUUUUCUUCUCAUUUUUUAUGCAGUUUGGUUGAUGCUUUGUCUUACCAUGCAUAUCCAAUCAAAACUUUCCAGUAGUGUUGGAUCAAGAUAUGUUGAACCGGACAUUGAAAAUAUAUCUGAGAAGCCUGGUCAUUAUGACUUACCAGAGUCAUGGUAUAAUCAGUCUACUGAGAAGUUCAGAGCUAGCAGACUAAAUAUUUUGCCACUUGGGGAUCAAGAACCACACAAGCGAACAGCUGAGGGAAUGUUUAAAUACCUCAGAUUUCUUGAGAAGCAUAAGAGGAGGCGGCAAGCAUUUAAAGAGGAUCAGUAUGUUGGUUUUGGUGGUUCAAACGUGCAUUCAGUUUCUGCUUCAGAUGGCAAUAACUUAAUGGAUGAUGAAACAUCAUUUUUCCCUGAAACAAUGUUUGUAUUGAACUGUGUGCCUGAUAGUGCACUCCCUCCCACAAGUAGAGCAGAAGACAAUAAAAAAAAAGAGUUUUAUGGGGUUCUUGACUGCUUACCUCAUGUUGUAACUCAGAGUCCUGCAAUGAUGGAAAGGUUUGGUAUAAUGCCUGACUACCUAAGGACUGGUUUUGAGAGAAGUAAAUAUAGGGGCAAGAAUGGGCUUGGAGGGAACAGGAAACCUCUGGGCCAAGAACAAGCAUUACGGAUGUCUCACAAGGUGAUAGCUCAUGUAUUGACAAGUAUGGGGUUUCAAGGUGCAACUGAAGUUUCAAUGGAAGUUUUAUCACAGUUUCUCAGCUGUCAUAUCCGUAAACUUGGUCGUAUCUUGAAAGUCCUCACUGAUAAUUAUAGAAAGCAGGGUUCAGCCAUUGAAAUUCUCAAAAUGUUCCUUCAGACAGCAGGGUAUAGUAAUCUUGGGGCUUUAGUGGUACGUGCAAAGGAUGGUAACAGGACAAUCACACACCAAGCACCGCAACAUCUAAGAGGACUCCAAUCCGGAUUCCAGUCACAGCAUCAGUGUCCCAUUGUACAACCCCAGCAAUUCCCGAGACAAAUGCAGAUGCAAAUGAUGCAUACCCAGAAUCUGGCUUUACAGCAGCAGCAACACUGGGACAGAAUGCGAAGACGCCAACCAUCAACUCUACGCUCUGUUAUGAGUAUGGAUAAAGAAAGACCCAUGCUGGAAGUUAAGAUUGAGAACCCAACUGAAUUGCCAAUGGAUGGGGACUCCACUGUCAGUUGUAGACACCCACAGAUGCAGUUUCGGUGCCAGCAAAUGGGUGGUAUGGCCAACCUCCCUGCUCAAUCCAAGCAUCAGUUUAAACAAUUGGCUUCCCUUCAAAUUCCUCAACUCCAGACACAGAACAUGGUGAUGGUGAGGCCCCCACCAGUGAAGGUUGAGGGCUUUCAGGAGUUGAUGGGUGGGGAUGCAACAUUGAAGCAUGAUUCUGAAGAGCACAAGCUAAUGUCCCCUUCCAAAUAGAUGCCACUCAGCAGGUUGACUCAUUCAUUCAACAUGGCCACUUGGAUUGGUCACCCAGUGGAUUGACUGAGCAGAUUGGAAAACUAUCAGAUCUACUUGGAAGUUGAACCGAUCCGAUGGUCAUCUUUACCAACUUUGGAACACUUUUCCCCACCGGUGUACCUUCACUUUGCUCUCUUUCUGUUAUUCCACAACCCCCCCCCCCUGUGAGCCACCUUUUUUGCCUUCCUGCGGGCUCUGCCUCUCUAGCUACAGUCUGUGUGUUUGCAACAUCACCCACUCACAUAACCCUUUUUUCCUCUUGCUGUGAGUUUUACACCUCUUUGCAGAGGGUGUGGGAGUGAGGGAGGAGGGGGAGAUGGGAGAGACGAAAGAUAGGAAAGAGAUGGGAAGGACAGCUUCUUGGUUUUUUCCCCUUUUCAAACUGUUCUCGGCACAGAGAAAAACUUCUAUUUUUGUUUAUUUGUUUUUGUUCGUUUGUAUUCCAGGGACUUGCUCUUUUUGAAGGCACCCAGAAAUGAAUCAAUGUUGCCAAACA